AUGACCAACAACUUGAAAGAUCCAGAGGCCAUCACUCUUGCUGCGGAAACCGGCUCAACCCCUCAUCUCUUGGUAAAAGAGAAAGACGAGGAGAUUGUACCCAUCUCUGAGCAAUGGGACGACCCGACCACAUGGCCUCUGUGGAGAAAAUGGUCAAUUGUGAUAUGUGUAGCCCUCAUGUACAUGCUGGCAAAUUUUGGAACCAUUAUAAUUGUCCCCGGAGUACCUCUUAUUCUUUCAGAGUUCAACGUAUCUGGGAGCCUAUACCAACCUUUAAUAGUCUCCAUCUGGGAACUCGGUGAAGGUGUAGGGUCCUUUUUGGUUGGGCCUUUAUCAGAAAGAUAUGGUCGGAAAAUUGUCUACCAUAUCGGGAAUGUUAUCUUCAUUCUCUGCUCUGUUGCGUCAGCUCUGAGCGUCAAUGUCUCCAUGCUAGUGGCCUUCCGUUUUAUCAAUGGUAUGGCAGUCACCGUUCUCGCUCUUUCGCCAAGUAUCAUUGGAGACCUCUUCGUCCGUGAAGAAAGAGGUAGAGCGAUGGCUGUAGCCAUUUCAGUGCCCUUAAUCGGGCCUUGUGUCGCCCCGAUCGUGGGCGGAUACGUGGCGAGCGCCCUCGGAUGGCGAUGGACUAUUUGGUUGAUAGCGAUUGCGGUGGGAUGUGUAUCUCUAUUCUCUUUACUUGUUUUCAAGGAAACAUACAAGCCAAAGAUCCAGGGAAAGCAGUCUCAGGGGAGUCAAAACUCUGAACCAGGUAGUCCCUCUGCUCAGGAAAUCGUUCACAAUGGACCACCACAAGAGACGAAGCUUCAAAGCUUUCUGCGCCCAGUGCGCUUACUCUUCUCUUCGCCAGUCGUUCUAGUGACCUCACUGUUCACAUCUCUCGUUUACGGCUUCUCUUAUCUCAUCCUGACUACUCUGGCGGAGAUUAUGCAGGAGACGUACGGGUUUAGCUCAGGAUCUGCAGGACUGACCUUUCUCGGUCGAGCUAACGGGUAUUGUGGGAAAGCCAUUGGUAAUCUCAUUGGUCUAGGUCUGUACGGCCUUGUCUCUGAUCGCUAUCUAGAAUAUCGGCGACGCAAAGCUGGUGAUUCAAUUCCUGAAGACCGUCUCCCAUUAAUGAUUCUAGGGACCGCUUUAUUACCUGUUGGCCUCUUUCUCUACGGCUGGACAGCACAUUUCCACAUCCAGUGGAGUGUACCUCUGAUUGGAACGGGCAUUGUGGGGUUCAGCAUGUUGUUGACGAAACUGCCAACAGAUAAUUAUCUCGUGGAUGCAUUUGCACCACAAGGAACAUCUGCAUCAAUAUUAUCUGCAGAUGCCACACUGAAAGCCUUAUUUGGAGCGGUUUUCCCGUUGCUUGGUCCGUCUCUAUACAGGAAUUUGGGACUUGGAUGGGGGAACUCACUCUUGGCAUUUAUUGGAUUGGCGUUUCUACCACUUUUUAUCAUAUUGUGGCGGGAGGGCCAGGAGUUAAGAAAGCAAGGAUGGGGGUAUUUGAAGAUCAUGAUGAAACGAAGAUGA